AUGUUUCUCGUGAAACAGCCGCCAUCGAUGCAGUUGAAAAAGGCUGACGUGGGAUAUCAACUAGUGAAGACUACUUCUAUGGCCGAAAGCCAAGUUUGCAGUGAAUUUGAUCUUACGCUGGCAGAGUCCUCAAACCAAGCCAGUGACAAUAUUAAUGCGACACACCGCAAACUUCACCAUAGACAUGUUCUGCUGAUAGGUAUUUCGGGGGUCAUAGGAACAGCACUUUUCGUGAGCAUUGGGAAAGCUUUGUAUCAUGGAGGCUCGGUGUUUCUACUGCUUGGCAUGGCUCUAUGGUGCAUACCGAUUCUGUGCAUCACCGUGUCAACCGCUGAAAUGGUGUGUUACUUACCACUGGACUCCCCCUUUUUAAGAAUUGCAUCAAGGUGUGUAGAUGACUCCAUGGCCGUAAUGGCAGGUUGGAACUUUUGGUUUUUGGAAUGCGUUCAAAUUCCUUUCGAGAUCGUUGCUGUCAACACCAUAAUACACUAUUGGAGAGACGACUACUCUGCCGCGAUCCCCUUAGUUAUUCAAGUUGCACUGUAUUUUGCUAUAAGCAUUUUUGCAGUGCGAUACUAUGGCGAAAUGGAAUUCUGGCUUGCAAGUUUCAAGAUUUUUCUGGCAGCAGGGCUGUUCAUAUUUACAUUUGUCGCAAUGCUUGGAGGCAAUCCCAAAAAAGAUCGCUUUGGAUUUCGUAAUUUUGUCGAUGCUCCCUUCAAAGAGUAUUUCCCGACGGGCAAGAACGACGACGAUUCCUCGCUCGGCCUCUUCCAAGGAUUUUUGGCCUGCCUCAUCCAAGCAAGCUUCACUAUUGCGGGUCCCGAUUAUGUUGCGAUGAUUGCGGGAGAGACAAAAACACCCCGUAAAGUUUUACCAAUAGCGUUCAAACACGUCUUUAAUAGACUCACGCUGCUAUUUUUGGGAAGCAGCUUGUGUGUCGGUAUAUUAUGCAGUGCUAACGAUCCUAACUUGACUGCAGCUAUUGAUGAAGCGCGGCCAGGAGCCGGCUCCUCUCCCUACGUCAUUGCAAUGAAGAACUUAGGCAUAAAGACGCUCCCUGACGUAGUAAAUGCAGCACUAAUUACUGCAGCAUUUUCCGCUGGUAACGCAUAUACGUUUUGCUCAUCGAGAAUUUUACAUGGGCUAGCUUUGGAUGGUAACGCUCCCAGGAUCUUCAAAAAAUGCAAUCGGCAUGGCGUUCCAAUUUAUGCAGUGGCAGUUUCUUUACUUUGGGCGUUGCUAAGUCUUUUGCAACUAAAUUCGAACAGUGCCAUUGUGUUAAAUUGGUUGAUAAACCUGAUCACAGCUUCCCAACUGAUAAAUUUCGCAUGUCUAUGCGUAAUAUAUCUGUAUUUUCGACGAGCUUACCGGGCUCAGAAGGCUAAGUUGCCACAGCUGCCGUUCAGAUCGUGGGGACAGCCCUAUACUGCACUGGUAGGGCUUGUCUCUGUGUUGUUAAUGACCCUAGUACAAGGCUACUCUGUAUUUUAUCCAUCACUGUGGCAGGUUAAAGACUUUUUGUUCUGCUACUUAAUGCUAUUUGUAGAUGCAGGCAUAUACUUGGUGCACAAGUUUGUCAUAAGCAAGGGUCGGUCGUGGCCUCGGGAUCCUAGAGAUGUGGACUUGGUAACCGGGCUGUUAGAGAUUGAACAGCAUGAAAUGGACCAAGGGUUCACGAAGUACGCAUUUUUCUCUGCCAAUCCCUCGCCAACUGUCGUCACCAGCGGUUCAACAGUAAACCCUGCCGAAUCCCAGAAUUAUCACGUGACGGGACUUACAAAGUGA